UAAAAAUUGGCAAACUUGUGUCCACGCUAAUUCUCCAAAAGACAACCAAAUUUACCUACCUCGGCCUCAACCGACCAGGCGCAAAUUCGCAUCUUUGCCGGCGCCUCCCCGACCUGCACCAAUCAGCCGGCGCCGUCUUCGCUGUGACUUUCGCUAAUCCCAAAAGUCGAUCUGACAUAACAAGUGUUCGCUCACCAGACAGAACUAGCGGAAACCACCCCCUCACGCGAGGCCGUCACGAGAGAUCAACCCCGCUGUUCGGAGGCUGAACGCUAGGUUACAGUUACAAAGCAAAGCCUAGUUGCUCAACAAAUAAUACUCGCAGGGAGCCACGGCCGUCGUUUCUUCAAGAUGCUGGAGUACUUAUACUACUUCGCCGGCGGCUACACCAGCCUGGUGAUCGGACUCUACAUGAUGUCGUUCGCGAUACCCAAGGCGGCCUUCGUGGCGCGCAUACUUGCAUCAUACAUCUGCCUGCUCGUCGCGGCGAGCUUUGGUGUUGUAUGUUCACUCAUCCUGCGAUUUUUUGGUGCCGAGCAAAAUGCGCAACAUUACACCGCCCGAGUCUUUAUGUGGCUCAUGCUCGCCGCCACCGGCGUCACGUUCGAGAUUAUAGAUCCGAAAGGCCACCUCUCCAAAGAAGAGAAUCGACCCGCCGUUCUAGUCGGCAACCACCAGACGGAGUUGGACGUGCUCAUGCUGGGCUGUUUGUUUCCCGAGCACUGCAGCGUCACGGCCAAGGCCAGCUUGCGUCGCACGCCUUUUCUUGGCUGGUUCAUGAGCUUGAGCGGCACGAUAUUCAUUGAUCGCAAGAACAGUGCAGAUGCGCGACAGGCCAUGAGCGGUGCAGUCAACCAAAUACGGACAAAGAGGCAGACCGUCUACAUGUUUCCCGAGGGCACGAGGAGUUAUACUCGAGAGCCGAUUCUUUUGCCGUUCAAGAAGGGUGCCUUCCAUCUCGCUGUCCAGGCCCAAGUACCCAUCGUGCCGUGUGUGGUGGCGAAUUAUAGCCACGUGCUCUGGAUCAAGGGUCUGGUGUUCAAUGCCGGCAAGAUUCCAGUCAAGGUUCUCGAUCCCAUCCCUACCACGGGUAUGACUGCCGCGGAUGUAGACGGACUGUGUAAAAAGACGUACGAUUUGAUGCACCAAGAGCUCAUCACUCUGACGUCCAAGGCCCGUGGAGAGCCCGUCACGGUUCCGUCGUCGAUGAAUCCCACUGGCAUUAUCGAGGCAACCAAUGGCAAACCGAAACACUCGUCAUGAUAUUUCUUUCCGUCGCACGGUAUGAAAUGGAGUUGCAGUAUCAAAUGAGGCAAGCGCGGACUUGUGUCUUUUUUUCCUCACUUUUCUUUCUUCUUGCAUAGGUUGAGAUGGCACGGGCGAUGCAUAUUAGACUUUGUCCAUUCAAGAGCUGAAAUAACGCGAGGAUCUUGGUUGUGGUUGGGCUUUGGGCUGGUGAAGCAGAAGCAAAGUUCGGAAUUGAUUUUUUUUUUGUCUUUUUUUCUGUGUUUCGGUGCCCGCCUUUUCAUGUGUUUUUGGCUUCUCCCCAGUGAUUUCUUUUUCCUCGGUCCUUUUCUUUGUAAUCCCUUCCGGGUUUCGCACAUCUUCACAUAAGAAGCAUGGGUUAGAAAAGAGGAGCCAAACGCAUUUUAUACCCCUUCCAUAGAUAGAGAUUUGCGUUCGAUUAUGCACUUACAGAUUGUUUCUAACUGGUUGCGUCACUAGCUACAAUCACACGUGAGCGUAUGUCUCAACCUAAUCUAGGCCGGUGGAUUUUUAUCCAGAACCAAUGAUCAACAAAGAGUACUAAAGAAAAACAC